AUGAUGUUAGCUGCCGCUCAGUUGUCGACGGUGCAAGCUCCAAAACAAAUCGCAAAUGAACCUAUCAAAUCAUUUGGAAGCGCAGAUACAAAAGACUGGACCUCCCUAGAUUCAUCUCUCAAGAAGUUCAACAGUUCGCCUUUGCAUAUUCCAUUAGUGAUUGAUGGAGAGCGUAUUUAUAAUGAAGAAAAAAAUCGUGCAACAUUGACGCAGACUAACCCCGCGGACCACCAUUGUGCUCUAGCAGAAGUAACCCAAGCAAAUGAACAGGAUAUUCUUAACUCCAUCCAAGCUGCUAAAGAUGCUAAGUCUAAAUGGAGUUUGAUGCCUUUUUAUGACAGAGCUGCCAUCUUUCUAAGAGCAGCAGAUCUCAUCGCCACCAAAUACCGUUAUGACAUGCUUGCUGCAACAAUUUUGGGACAGGGAAAGAAUGUGUAUCAAGCAGAAAUAGAUUGCAUCGCCGAAUUAGUGGACUUUUUCAGGUUUAACGUCAAGUAUGCUAGUGAAUUAUACGCAGAACAGCCAAUAGAGUCUAGUCCUGGUGUGUGGAAUAAGGCCGAGUACAGACCUUUGGAAGGUUUUGUUUAUGCUGUAACGCCGUUCAACUUUACAGCCAUCGCAGCCAAUUUGGUCGCUGCACCUGCUUUGGUAGGUAACACAGUUGUUUGGAAGCCAUCUCCAGCAGCGGCAUUGUCGAACUACUUGUUAAUGACAAUUUUGGAAGAAGCCGGUUUACCAAAGGGUGUAAUAAACUUUGUGCCUGGUGAUGCCAUUGAAGUCACUAACAAGGUGCUAGGUGAUAAGGAUUUUGCCGCAUUCCAUUUCACAGGUUCAACCAAUGUCUUCAAGCAAAUCUAUGGGAAGAUUCAAUCCGGUGUUGUAGAGAACCUUUACAGAGAUUAUCCAAGAAUUGUUGGAGAGACUGGUGGUAAGAAUUUCCAUUUGAUUCAUCCCUCUGCUAAUAUAGGUCAUGCUGCACUUUCUACAAUUAGAGGUGCUUUUGAAUACCAGGGCCAGAAAUGUUCUGCAACAUCAAGAGCCUACGUCCCUGAAUCAAAGAGCGAAGAUUUUUUCAAGGAGCUUACUUCAAAUCUAGAAGGCACUAUUAUGAAUCCAGUCAACACUUCGGCCACUAGCGCUGCAGAGGGUGACCCUCAUGGUUUUGUGGGACCAGUCAUACAUGAGCAGAGUUUUAAUAAGUUAGUAGGGGUCAUCGAAGAGGCAAAAAAAGAUCGCGAACUAGAAAUUCUAUCUGGUGGUCAAUAUGACAGGUCAAAAGGUUGGUUUAUUCACCCAACUGUUAUAAAAACAACUAACCCUAAUCAUAAAUUCCUAUCAACCGAAUUCUUUGGCCCGAUUCUUACAGUUUACGUUUAUCCGGACUCCAAUUUUUCAGAAGUCUGCAAACUUAUCGACAGUACGGGCAUUUACGGCCUAACAGGAUCGGUCUUUGCUAGAGACCGCGAUGCCAUUGUCGAAGCAAGCGAAACACUGAGAUAUAGUGCAGGUAACUUCUACAUUAACGACAAGUGCACUGGUGCGGUAGUUGGCCAGCAGUGGUUUGGAGGUGCUAGAAUGAGUGGUACAAACGACAAAGCGGGAAGCAGCAACAUCUUGAGCAGGUUUGUGAGUAUUAGAAAUAUCAAAGAGAAUUUUUACGAGCUUUCAGACUUCAAGUAUCCAUCCAACGACAAAUGA